CUAGUUUAUAAUUUUUUAUUUAUACAAAACCAAAGCUGCAUAAACAUAAACACCUGGCUUUCAAUUAAACAGAGACGGCUAGGGUUUAAGCUUUAUCUGCACAAUGUCAAUGUAUCUUCUCUACGAAUCAUCUUCCGGGUACGGCCUGUUCGAGGCGCACGGCCUCGAUGAGAUCGGACAGAACACGGAGGCUGUUCGAAGCUCUGUUUCAGACCUAGAUCGGUUCGGCCGGGUCGUCCAGCUUACUGCUUUCCACCCAUCUGAGUCUGCUCUCGAUGCUCUCAACCAAAUCAACGCCGUUUCUGAAGGGUAUAUGAGUGAUGAGCUGAGAAGCUUUCUGGAGUUGAAUCUUCCGAAAGUGAAGGAAGGAAAGACUCCCAAGUUUAGCUUAGGAGUGUCCGAGCCAAAGAUUGGUUCUUGCAUUUUCGAAGCCACCAAGAUUCCUUGCCAGAGCAAUGAGUUCGUUCUUGAGCUUCUUAGAGGUGUGCGUCAGCAUUUUGAUAGGUUCAUCAAGGACCUAAAGCCUGGUGAUUUGGAAAAAGCGCAACUUGGACUAGCUCACAGCUACAGCAGAGCAAAGGUGAAGUUCAAUGUUAACCGUGUGGACAACAUGGUUAUUCAAGCCAUUUUUAUGCUCGACACGCUUGAUAAAGAUAUCAAUUCCUUUGCCAUGAGAGUCAGAGAAUGGUACUCGUGGCACUUCCCUGAACUAGUCAAGAUAGUCAACGACAACUACCUUUACGCCCGAGUGUCAAAGAUUAUUGAGGACAAGUCAAAGCUGUCUGAAGACCACAUCCCUAUGCUUACUGAAAUCCUUGGAGAUGAAGAUAAGGCUAAAGAGGUCGUUGAAGCUGGGAAAGCAUCUAUGGGCCAGGAUAUAUCACCACUUGAUCUGAUCAAUGUCCAGAUCUUUGCUCAGAAAGUUAUGGACCUUUCUGAUUACAGAAAGAAGCUCUACGAUUACCUCGUUGCUAAAAUGAGCGACAUUGCUCCAAAUUUGGCGGCUUUGAUAGGAGAGAUGGUUGCAGCGAGGCUGAUUUCACAUGCGGGGAGUCUCACAAAUCUCGCCAAGUGUCCAUCUUCAACUCUCCAGAUUCUUGGUGCUGAGAAAGCACUCUUCAGGGCGCUGAAGACACGUGGAAACACACCCAAGUACGGUCUUAUAUUCCACUCUUCGUUCAUAGGGCGUGCAGCUGCUAAAAACAAGGGACGUAUUGCUCGUUACCUCGCUAACAAGUGUUCGGUUGCUUCCCGGAUCGAUUGUUUCGCUGAUAGCAGCACUACAGCUUUUGGUGAGAAACUUAGGGAACAAGUUGAGGAACGACUAGAGUUUUAUGAUAAAGGUGUUGCCCCACGUAAGAAUGUGGAUGUAAUGAGAGAAGUGCUGGAAAGUCUUGAGACGAAAGACGAGGGAAAAGCCACAGCAGGGGAGGCCUCAGAAAAGAAAAAGAAGAGAAAGUCAGAGGAGAAGGAUGGGGAAGAAGAAGGGGAGAAAUCAAAGAAAAAGAAAAAGAAAAGCAAAGCAGUAGAAGAGGAAUUAACUAAAGAUAAUGGUCACAGCAACAAGAAAAAGAAGAAGAAAACUAAGUCACAAGAUGAUGAAUAGACCAAGACAAUUUUCUUGUAAUGUAUUAGUUUUUUGAGUUUUUUUUCUCACAUGCCAAGCUUUAUUUUUUAAACUUUAUUAACAACUUGGAUUUAAUUAGAAACUAUAUCAGAUUUUCUAGUA